GAAUGGAAAUGACUUAUAUGCUCCAUCCUUAUGGACAGUGCUUCAACAUAACAUUUUUAACCGUAACAGGAACAGGAACCAUAAAUUCAUAUCAAUUUUUUUUGAUAACAAAUUCAACGCUUGUGAGUUGUUGUUUUGUUUUAUUUUAUUGGAGUUGGACCUUUUUUUGAAAAUUUGCCAUUGUCUAGUUAUAAAGUUAAUUAGUUAUCUCAACUUUUACUCCAACUCGUAUUGACGGUCGCCUACUAUAAAAAUAUGUACGAAAACACGGUAGAAGACCAUCGUAGGAAAUGGGACAGAGCAGAAUUCGAACGUAUAGCUGCCGAACGGCUUGCAGAAGAUUUAGAAGAAGACGACAAAGAUCGGAAAACUCCGGCCGUUCGUCGAGAGCUUUUAAAACAGAGAGAUUACAAAGUAGAUCUCGAUUCCAAGUUGGGAAAAAGUAUUGUCAUUACCAAGAAUACCCCAUCUUCGCAAUCGGGCGGGUACUAUUGUAAUGUUUGUGAUUGCGUGGUAAAAGAUUCUAUCAAUUUCUUAGACCACAUCAAUGGGAAAAAACAUCAGAGAAAUUUGGGCAUGUCAAUGAGAAUAGAACGUUCUUCGUUAGAUCAGGUUAAAAAAAGAUUCGAAGUAAACAAGAAAAAAAUGGAGGAAAAGAAAAAAGAUUACGAUUUAGAGCAAAGAGUCAAAGAGUUGCGUGAAGAAGAAGAGAAGCUGAAGGAAUACAGGAAAGAGAAAAAACGCGAAAAGAAACGGAAAAUGGAAGAGGAGUUGAAAUUGGAUGACGACGACGAUAACAUUGCAUCUAUAAUGGGUUUUUCGGGUUUCGGAGGUUCUAAGAAAUGAAGCUUUUCAAUUUUCAAUUUGCCAUUUCAUCUGAUCUGGAACGAACGUCAUCGAAGACCUAAAUAACAAUUUAAAAAUGUUAGCUACUAUUGGAAAUAUUGUCAUUCGCUGUCAACUAUCAUUAGCCGAGGUAUGGCAUAUAUCUAUCAGAGUUUUAAGAAACAUGAUCAAUGUUGACAAAAUUUUCUACUAUUUAUUUUUUAAUUUCAAAAUGACUGAAAACAGUCAAAUUGAAUUUUUUGACCAUUGUUAUUAAUACGCACUUGCAGUAAGAAGUUUAAUUUUAAUCAAAAAUACAGAAUUUCAACUAUGUUUUCGAAUAAGUGAUUUUUUGGCGAUAUAGCUGCUUGUGAACUAUGAUUUUUUUUUCAAAUUGAUUUCAUUUCUGAAAAAUUAUAAGAUAUUCGUAUACAUUUGUUUCGUUAAUGCCAUUAGACUGAUUUGAUGGGUUUGUUCUCAUUUUUGUAUCACGAUAAAAAGUUUGUAAAUAUGCUGUUGUAAAAGUUGAACUUAUUAUAUAUUACGUAUAUUACCUAUGUAGAAAUUGUACUUUAAUGAUAAUAAAGGGGUUUUUAGACGUUUAA